AUGGGGUUGGCAUUUUCCCGCGUUUUUCAACGCUUGUUCAGCAAGAAAGAGAUGCGUAUCCUGAUGGUGGGGCUGGAUGCGGCUGGUAAGACUACUAUCCUCUACAAGCUGAAGCUAGGAGAAAUCGUCACUACGAUCCCCACCAUUGGCUUCAACGUGGAGACCGUGGAGUACAAGAACAUCUCAUUCACCGUGUGGGAUGUGGGCGGUCAGGAUAAGAUCCGACCGCUCUGGCGCCACUACUUCGCCAACACUCAAGGGCUGAUUUUUGUGGUCGACAGUAACGAUAGAGAUCGUGUUUCAGAGGCGAGGGACGAGCUUCACCGCAUGCUCAACGAAGAUGAACUUCGUAACGCUGUCUUGUUGGUGUUCGCAAACAAACAAGAUCUCCCCAAUGCCAUGACAGCCGCUGAACUCACCGAGAAAUUGGGCUUGCAAUCUCUCCGACAGAGAACUUGGUACAUCCAGGGCACGUGCGCUACUUCUGGCGAGGGGCUUUACGAGGGACUUGACUGGCUCUCCAACGAGCUUUCUAAAGCCAAAUAAGCAGAAGUGAAGCAUAUUCGAGACAAAAAUGUUCAAUUCACAAACCUCUCCUACAGGAUCCCUAGUUCGUAGCCAAUAGUUGGUACGAACCAUCUCGCGAGACUUUUGGUUUAAGUUGAGAUGGAGAUAUUGGCAACAUCAUAAGCUUGUUGCUUUCUUGAAAUUCAUGAAUUCGUUGACAUACUC